AUGCCGGAUGUAACCAUUCCAUUGAAAGAGAAAACGCAAGCACGAAGCUUAUCGGCUAGUCUCGACGAACAAGGUUUCGUUUAUUUUCCAUCUGCUUGCACCAAUGGUGAAAAAUGUCCAAUUCAUGUUGCUUUACACGGAUGUCAACAAGGAAAAUACUACGUCGAUGAUGUCUUUGCUGUCAAAGCAGGUUAUCUCGAAGUAGCUGAACUCAACAACAUCAUUGUUAUUUUUCCUCAAGUUGCCCGCUCACUUGCUCUUCCCACAAAUCCAAUGGGUUGUUGGGAUUGGUGGGGAUAUAGUUCCGUAUAUUAUGCUACUAAAGGUGCCCCACAAAUGGCUGCUGUCAAGCAAAUGAUCGACACUGUUCGCAUGAUUAACAACGCUUUUGUUAUUGCUAAAUAA